AUGUCUGAAUCGAAUUUUUUUGCAAGAAACAAAACAGCAAUUGCUGUUACCGUUUUGGCAGGUGCUUCUGCUGUUGGUGCUUAUUACUUAUACAGCCAACAAAAGGACCAAACAAUUCUCCCUGAUGCGGAUAAGGCACCAAAGAAAAACAAGAAGAAGAAGAAGACUUCUAAGGAACAACCUAAGGACGCCACUGAAAAAACUCCGGAAUUGGCUGAGGAAAAAGUGCCUUAUCCUGUUAACUCGCAAGGUUUUCCCGAGAUUACUGACGAAAUGAUCGAAAAAUUGAAUGAGCAGGAGAAGGAAGAGUGGGCUCUUGCUUUGAAGAGAGCGGGCAAUGAGAAGUACAAGCAUGAGAAAUUUGAAGAUGCUAUUGUUUUCUACAGCGCUGCUUUGAAGUUGAAGGAAGAUACCGUCUUUUACUCCAAUAGGUCAGCAUGUUAUGCGGCCUUGAAUAAACACGAGGAGGUGAUUAAGGAUGCCACUGCCGCAAUCAAAAUCAAGCCAGAUUACGUAAAGUGUAUCUUGCGUCGUGCAAACUCAUAUGAAGCCUUAGAGAGAUACCCAGAUGCUAUGUUCGACUUAACAUCCUUAACAAUUUAUGGCGGAUUUAACUCCAAAUCGGUCGAACUGACUUUGGAAAAGGUUUUGCAGAAACACUCUUUGAAGAUAGUGGAGGAAGGCUUGAAGAACAGGGUUCCUGAAUUACCAUCUGCUACUACAGCUGGCUCAUUCUUUGGUGCUUACGUUACAGAAACAUCUCCUGAGGGUAUUUCGGAAGAGAGCACUGGUGCUGACAAGUAUUUAUUUGAAGCUUUGGCCGCCAUUAACGAAAAUACAAUGGAUGGCUAUGAAAAAGCGGACACUCUUUUGAACCAAGCUGUCGAGGCCUACGGCGUCGAUAAUUUGACAGCCGAAUCUGAAGAUGCAGCCAAGGCUUCCAUUGCUUUGGAGUAUGCAGCUACUAUGCAAUUCUUGAAGAACAUUCCUAAUGAAGCUGCUGUUCUUAUUCAAAAGGCCAUUGACUUGAAACCAAGAGCCAGAACCUAUGUUGUGAGAGCAUUGAUCAAUGCUGACAAGGCCUCUUUUGCCGAAGCAAUUGCUGAUUUUGAAACCGCUCAAAAAAUAAGCCCUGACUGCGCUGAUGUUUACUACCACUUGGGUCAAUUGUAUUACCUUACUUCCGAUUUAACGAAGGCUGAAGCCAAUUUCUUGAAGACCAAGGAAUUGAACCCAGAAAACCUUUACGCUUACAUCCAGUUGGCUUGUAUCACCUACAAGAAGGGAAACUUUGAAGAAGCUCAAGCAGCAUUCAAGGAAGCAAGAUUGAAGUUUGCCACCUCUCCAGAAGUUUUGAACUAUUAUGGUGAAAUCUUGGCUGACCAUGGUGACAUAAAAGAGGCUAUUAAACAAUACGAAAUCGCGGCAAGAUUGCAAGAAGCUUUGAAGACUUUCAAUGUUGGUGCUGUCCCAUUGAUCAACAAGGCUUCUUUGCUUUCUAGAGAGGGCCCAGAUCGCUUGGCCGAGGCUGAAGAGUUGCUCACAAAAGCGUGCGAGUUAGAUCCUAAGUCAGAAACUGCAAGAGUUUCCCUUGCUCAGGUGAAGUUACAAACUGAUAAGCCCGAAGAAGCUAUCAGUUUGUUUGAAGAAGGUUCCAGAUUGGCUAGAACAAUUGAGGAGAAAAUUCAAGCGACAUCUUUCGCAGAAGCUACUAAGAUGCAAGUAAGAAUCAAGGCUGAUCCAAUUUUGAGCAAAAAGAUCCAAGAGUACAUGCGUGAAAGCUUUUAA